AUGUCGUUCAAGAACAUAUUUAACAAGCAGAACUUGAGGUACAUCUUCACCACCCACUUCUGGGGCCCAGUGUCCAACUUUGGUAUUCCUAUUGCAGCAGUCAUGGAUUUGAAAAAAGACCCCGACCUUAUUUCUGGACCAAUGACAGGCUCGUUAAUUUUAUACUCCUUGGUCUUCAUGAGAUACUCUGUGGCCAUUAGUCCUAAGAAUUACUUGUUGUUUGGCUGUCAUUUUGCCAACGAAUGUGCUCAAUUGGCACAAGGUUAUAGAUGGGUAGACCACCAUUACUUUGGCAAGAAGAAAGUCGAAGCCGCAUCCACUUAA